UGCAGGCAAUUAAGUGCGUUGUAGUUGGAGAUGGAGCAGUAGGGAAGACAUGUCUGUUGAUAAGUUAUACAACAAACACCUUUCCAAGGGAGUAUAUACCGACAGUAUUUGAUAAUUAUAUGGCAAAUGUGAUGGUAGAUGGAAAACCGAUUAGUUUAGGGCUUUGGGAUACAGCAGGACAAGAGGAUUAUGAUAAAUUACGACCUCUUUCGUAUCCGCAGACGGAUGUUUUUAUUAUUUGUUUUUCACUUGUUAGUCCUUCAUCAUUUGAAAAUGUGCGAACGAAGUGGUCGAUAGAGGUGUCGCAUCAUGCGCCUAAUAUUCCUAUUAUUUUAGUAGGAACUAAACUAGAUCUUCGUAACGAUUGUAUUGUCGUAGAGAAAUUGCGAGAAAAGAGAAUGGAGCCUAUUACAUAUUCACAAGGGCUACAAAUGGCAAAAGAUAUAAAUUCAGUAAAAUAUUUAGAAUGUUCAGCGCUUACACAAAAAGGAUUAAAAAAUGUAUUUGAUGAAGCAAUUCGUGCAGUACUUAUGCCUUCAUUUCAAAUCCAAAAGAAGCAAAAAAAAUGUGUUAUUUUAUGAUUCAACUCGAAUAUAUUUAAGCAUAAAUUUGAUAUUAAGUUCUCAG